AUGAAGGCACCACCACCUCUUCCCAAAGAGAAUGAGGCUUUGCAUAAAUAUGUUGGAGCAUCUUUGAAUUCACUUGCCUUUGAUUCUUCUCCUCCUUCAUCAUUUGAUGAUGUCUUAUCAUCCUAUCUCACCUUAUAUGAUGAAUCCAUUGUCCCCAUAAGAAAUAACUCUUUGGACACAUUAAUGCUUGGAGUUUUGUCUAAUGAUGCAAAUAAAAUACAUUCACAUCAAGAAGCUGAUAAAGUAAUUCCCACAGAAUAUUCCUAUGUACAAGAUGGUUCUAGGAAAGAUUCAUUUGAGGGAGGAAAUCAUAUUCAGGAAGUAGGUCAGAUUGAGGCAAACAUUGAAGUUCCAGAUUGUGAUGGAAAAAACAUUACAAGUGAAAUGCAAUCAUUAACUUUAAUGGAUAGAAAUCUAAUUGAGAGAUGGAAUGAUGAGGUUGCUCGUAUCAGACGCGGUAUGCAAGGGCUCGUUCUAGAUAGGCUAGAGAAUAGGAUGAUCACUACCACUACAAACAUAUGUUCCUAUACAGCAAAAUCUGAUGAGCGGAAGAAUGCUCGUAAUAAAAUGCGUGGGAGUAGUCUCAUAAUGCCAUUUCAGGACCUAACAAAUAAACAGUUGAAUCCUCCAAACUUGAAAAGGAAGAGGAUGUGUCAGAUUGAUCUGGAUGCUUCUUGCUUAACAAAUGAAAAUCAGGAGGAAAGUGCUGAUUUCUAUAAGAGUGUCCUGAAAAAGAAGAUGAAAUGCCACAAGGAAGAAGGACCAUGCAAUAACUGCAAAUGUAUAAAAUCAAAAUGUUUGAAACUUUAUUGUGAGUGCUUUGCUGCUGGAGUUUACUGCACAGGACCUUGCUCGUGUCAAAACUGCUUGAAUAAACAUAUUAAUAAAGAUAAAGUCCUGGAAGCUCGCCAGAAGAUUGUGCCUAAAGUUGAGGACCCCAACAAAAGCGGAUGCAACUGUAAUAAAUCGAGCUGCAUGAAGAAAUAUUGCGAAUGUUUUAAGGCUGGUGUUGGUUGCUCUCCAAGUUGUAACUGUUGUGGAUGUGAGAAUAUACAUGGUAGAAAGGAUAGAUUGUGA